GAUGCACUAACUGUGCGCUUCAUAGAAACUCAAGAAGAAAACUUUGCUCAGUUUAACUGUUUGAACGACAUGUACAAUGAGAUUGACGAAAUGGAGAACCAGAUUAAUGAAAUUAACGAAGAGAUCGAGCGGCUGAAAGAAGAGAAGGUGACGCAGAAGGAAGAGCAGAUCCAGGAGCUGGCGAAGGUGCAGGAGGAGCUGGAGGCGAAGAAGGCGGAGCGCGAGGCGGCCGAGGACCGCCUGCAGGACCGCGACGUCUCGCUGGAGGCGAUCUUCCGCGGCAUCGAGGACCUCUUCAACGCGGCCGGCUGCGACAAGACGCCCACCAUCACGCACCUCGGUGAAAACGAGCACGUGACUCAGCACAACGUGAUGAUGUUCCUGAACCUCAUAGAGCUUCGCACCGACGAACUCCUGAACCAGGUAUUCUACGCCGAGAAGAGCAAACCGUGGAAGUUGGUUCCGUGCCAGCUUCCAAUCAUCAAGAUCAGGACGCCCAAGAAGCCGAAGGUCAGCCAGGGCGACAAAGGAGCUGUGGACCAGCCCCACAUCUGAAAGUAGAAGGCGGCGAUGGGGCUGGAAAGUGAGAUGGGUCUGCGUUCGAGGAGCGUUGUUCGUCUAUGAAAAUGUAACAGAGUCAAAUUAUAGACAGUGUAAAGUAAAAAUGCUUUGUA